AUGCCUUCCGAGAAGUACACAGUUGCUGGCCCGAAGAACCAUUACAUUCUUCUUUCCAUUGAACCUCCUACGAACGACGCUCUUAGCGUACGAAAAGCCAUCGCAGAUUCGCUGGCCGAGUCCUUUGGAGAAACAAGCAGCGCGAUCCCAGUGGAUGUUAUGUCGAUUGCGGAGAACGGGGAAGAAAUGGUGGUCAGGGCACACAUAGAGUGGGGAGAUGUAGGAUGCACCGAAGAUCCUGGCCUCUGUGAUUACAUCUUCUAA